AUGGUUUUUAACUUAGAGGAAUUUUUGAAUGCACCAGAUGCGCGGUUACUUCAAACACUUAAGAAAGAUGAAUUGUUUGAAUUUGUGUCAAAGUUUCACUUGAAUGUAAAGCGCAGUGCUCGGAAAAUAGAAAUCAACAAUGUUGUGAUUCAGUAUUUAGUUCAGAGAGGUAUUUUAGAUGAUAGUGCAUUGUCAUUGGUUGAAGAUUUGAAAUCUAGUGAAAUUGAAAAAAGAAAUUUUGAAUAUGAAUUAGAGUUCAAGAAAUUAGAAAUUGAACAAGAGAGAGAAAGGCAGGCAUUUGAAAGAGAAAAGAGAGAAUAUGAAAAAGAGAAAAGUGCGCAAGAUCGAGAACAUGAGUUACAGAUUAAGAAAUUAGAAUUUGAGACUCAAAAGAUAAAACAUGAGUUAGAACUUGAGGCUAAGGCCAAAUCAAAAUCUGACUUUGAUGUGACAAAGAACAUAAGACUUGUCCCUAAAUUUCAAGAGAAAGAUGUUGACAAAUAUUUCAUUCAUUUUGAGAAAAUAGCAGAAAAUUUGAAAUGGCCAAAAGAAUUCUGGCCACUAUUGUUACAGAGUGCAUUUGUUGGGAAAGCGAGGGAAGUCUACAGUGCUUUGUCACUUCAGCAAAGUACAGAUUAUGAUGUUAUUAAGAAAAGUGUCUUAAAAGCAUAUGAACUUGUACCAGAAGCCUAUAGACAGAAAUUUAGAAAUUACAAGAAAUUCAAUGAACAGACUCAUGUUGAAUUUGCGAGAGAGAAACAGAAUAUGUUUGAGAGAUGGUGCACUUCUAAAAAUGUUGGGUCAAACUUUGAAAGGUUGAAACAGGUCAUUUUGAUUGAGGAAUUCAAAAAUUGUAUUCAACCUGAAAUUAGAACAUAUUUAGAUGAGCAGAAGGUUGAGACUCUUGAGCAAGCUGCGACUGCGGCUGAUGAUUAUGCACUAACACAUAAGGUAUCUUUUGUAAAACUCAGUACUAGUCAGCAGAAGAUGGUCAUCUAUGACAGUUCUCGAGGGGGACCAGACACUUCACAGGUAACACAACCUAAGAUGGCGUACUCUGAGAUCAAAGGUAGGGACAAGAAUAAUGAAACCUUAAAGCAGUUUGAGAACACUGCUGUUAAGUCUGUAGAACCAGAGUCUGAUGUUCUUAGAGAGGAAUUUAAGCCUUUUGUAUUCAAUGGUUUAGUGUCGGUUGGUACCGACUCACACCCUAUAAGAAUUUUAAGGGAUACAGGUGCUUCUCAGUCUUUGUUACUAGAGGGCGUGUUGCCACUGUCUGAGAAGACACAUACUGGUUCUGAAGUGCUGAUUCAAGGUGUAGAAUUAGGACUUAUGAAAGUUCCUCUUCAUGUUAUAGACUUGAAGUCAGAUUUAGUCUCUGGGUCUGUGGUCGUAGGCGUUAGACCUACUUUACCUGUUAAGGGAGUUUCUCUUCUGUUAGGUAAUGAUUUAGCUGGGGGUAGGGUGGUACCUGACCCAAUCAUUUGUGAGAAGCCUAGUCUUAUAGGAGAGAUAGAGGAGGAGAAUAAAGAGUUAUUUCCUUCAUGUGCUAUUACAAGGGCUAUGGCGAAGAAAAUAGGACAUGCUGAACAGACGGUAAAUCAGAAGUUAGAUACAGGGAAGGACUUGUCUAUAGAUCUUGAUGAGACAUUUUUGUCAGCUAUGUUAGAUUCAGAAAGUCACAUUUCCUCAGAGGAUCAGCAGUCUAAAGGUGAUGUAUUUGGUUAA